AUGGAGAGUCGCGGACAGGUUCCGGCUUUUCUGUCGAUUGAAGAUCCUCUUACUGAGUGGAAUGAUAUUGGAAGAUCCUCCUACAAAGCGCUAGAAAUGAAGGAAAAGUUCCACUACGCCUUCAUGGUCCUGAGCCGGGCAGUGGCACCACAGGCGAGCUAUCACAACACAGGCUCGAUUUUGGCGAAGAUUCUGAACUUUGACGACGAUGUUAUUGAGUACAGAAGAUGGGUCAACAAGCACUGGGAGAACAAAGUCCCUAGAAUCAAAAUCGUCGAACCAACGCCGCCCCCUCCCGCGCAGAAAAGCAGGAAUUCUAGCGUCGGCAAGCAAUCUUUCUUUCCCGACGAACAAAGCUCCAUCGGCGUCAUUUCCGACGGCGAGAGCUCGAUUCUUUCAGAAGAAGAACUUUCGCCGAUCAGAAAAGAUCGAAAAGUCGAGUAUCGACGAUCCUCAGACCAAGUCACAAACAAAGAAAGAAGGUCAAACUCGGACAGUUCGGCGAAAGCGAAUUACGAGGAAAACUUUCCGGACAUUUCGGAGAGCAAAAAUGCUCCGUCGGAAAAGGCAUCGUCGGCGAAUUAUCUAUCCGAUAAAAAUAAUAAUGAUGAUAUGCCGAGGCCGAGGGAUGAUCAUGACAACAGAACUAGAUCGAAAAAGGAGCCAAAAUCAGAGGCAGAAAGCGAAAGCGACAGAAAACAGCGGCGUGAGCGAAUGAACCGAAUGUCCGCAGGAAGCGGAAUUCUCGGAAUGCCGAGAAUAAUGAGAAGCGCUUUUGCUAAUUUAGGCGAGCCGGAUCGAGUGAACGCGAGAAAUGUGAACAUCAACGAUGCCAGCUCUACCGGCUCAAGAGGGACCGAUUCCUUUCCAUCAAGUUCUGGCUCGAAGAGCAAAAGGCCGACCAAAGAGUUUUACAAGCCGAGGGGGGUUGGCAAGCCAACGACAGGGGAAUUCAGACAGAGAGAGUCCUACAUCCAACCGAAGAAGUGGCGGUUCAGGGAUGAAGAGCGACAGAAGAAGAUCCGACCAAGAUUCGCGAAAAAGAAAGACGGCCAAAGUGAAAAUCGCCGCUAG